AUGGGGAGAUCAGUGUUGAUGAAGGUUCCUUUCCUGUAUCUGAUAUUCGCAGUCUUAGUAGCCUCAAUACUACUCCACAUCUCACCCACAAGCGCCCAAAACUCUCCUGGAGACUUCCUCGCAGCUCACAACAAAGCACGCCGAGCAGUCGGGGUGGGACGCAUGAGGUGGAACAACAAGGUGGCCAAAUACGCUCGCGACUACGGAAACAAAAUCAAGGGCGGAUGCGACUUCAAGCACUCCGGCGGACCCUACGGUGAGAACCUUGCUUUUGGCAGGCCCGAUAUCACGGGCACCAGAUCCGUGCAGCUGUGGGUGGACGAGAAGAAAAAGUACAACUGCAAGAAGAACGAAUGCAUCGGCGGUUUCGAGGAGUGCGGCCACUACACCCAGCUUGUUUGGAGCAGAUCUGUAAGGCUAGGUUGCGCCAGGGUCGUAUGCAAUGGUAACAAGGGUACCAUUGUUAUCUGCAACUAUGAUCCUCCAGGGAAUGUCAGGGGCCAGCGCCCUUACAAGUGCCCCAACAUUCUUGCCAACUCCUUGGACAAGUUUCUUCACUACAACGAGUAA